UGAGCGGGGUAGGCGCAGCCAUGGCGAAGCGGUUCUUCGAAUCCUACAAUGAGGUCCCCGACGGCACCCACUGUCAUCGCAAGACCUACAUUACCACGGCCUUAGGCGGCCUUUGCGGCAUAAUAGGCUCCACAUACAGUAUCAUACACAACCCGGCAGAUUCCGCCCUGGAAGCAGUGGCCAGAGUUGGCCGGUACACAUUCACUGCAGCUGCUGUUGGAGCGAUGUUUGGCCUCACCACCUGUGUCAGUGCCCAGGUCCGAGAGAAGCCAGAUGACCCCUUGAACUACUUCAUUGGAGGCUGCGCAGGAGGCCUGACAUUGGGAGCACGAACUCACAGCUAUGGGACUGCAGCCAUGGGCUGUGUCUACAUGGGCACUGCGGCCGCCCUGUUCAAGAUUGGCAAGCUGGAAGGCUGGGAGUUGUUUCCCACCCCCAAGGUGUGAGCCAAACCCCCAUGGCAAAUAAAUGCUAUAUGUCCUGGUG